CACAAACGUAAGGUGUACACAAACACGAGAUUUGCGAACAUGGUGGACACAUUCUUGGGUCCCACGUUCUGGAAUAACCUUCCUCCCACCUUCUCCAGCUCCACCAGGAUCCUCGCUUCUCCACCUUCUUCUCCUCCAAUGGCGACCACUCCCUCACAACACGGUCAUCAUCGUCGCUGUUACUCAAACCCUAACCCUACUCACCCACAGCCUGCAUUGCUAGUCUUUUCCGGAGGAACUGCCUUCAACGGCGUCGUCGAAGAGCUAAAGAAUUUCUCCACCCGCGUCUCUCAUGUUCUCCCUGUUUCCGACGAUGGUGGAAGUACAGCUGAGAUUGUUCGUGUUCUCGGGGGUCCUGCGGUUGGAGACAUACGUUCUAGGUGUCUGAGGUUGUCUGAUCAAAGUACUGCUGAGGCUCUUGCGGUUCGAAAUUUGCUUGGUCAUCGUCUACCAAUCGACCCACUGCAAGCUAAAUCAGAAUGGUACACUAUUGUGGAAGGCGAUCACUUUUUAUGGAAAGGUGUGUCAAAACCCUAUAGAGAGACUAUUCGAGCUUUUCUGGUUUAUUUUCAAAAUCAGAUUCUCUGCCGGGCUGAAGAAUCAUUUUGUUUCAGCAAUGGCAGCAUUGGGAACUUCUUUUUUGCAGGAGCACGCAUAUUUUUUCAGUCCUUGGAUGCUGCAAUAUUUCUAUUUUCGCGGGUUUCAGAUAUUCCUCCUGAAAGCCUGGUUCUACCUGUGAUCUCAACCAAUGACAGACUUACAUUAGGGUGUGAAUUAUGGGAUGGAACUAUUAUCCGGGGACAAAAUGAAAUUUCUCAUCCCACCAGUGGAACAAUGGAACUUAUUAAGAAGGGAAGCUCUUCAGCUCCAGCACUUCCUUCAAAAAUAAAACGGGUGUUCUACAUGUCAAGUGAGGGAAAGAAUUUGCUCCACGAGGUAUUUCCCUCAGUUAAUUUGACUGUAUUGGAGCAACUAAGGAAUGUGGACUGCAUUGUGUAUGGCAUAGGCUCUCUUUUUACUUCAAUCUGCCCCUCAUUGGUAUUACUGGGAAUUGGGGAGAUUAUUUCUUCAAGGUCCUGCCUCAAGGUACUUAUGUUAAAUGGCACACGUGACCGGGAGACUGAUGGGUUUUCAGCUUCUUGUUUUGUAACUGCCAUUACAGAUGCUCUAAAUCGAAAAUAUGGACAACCUGGCAACCGCUUACAGAAUCUUCCAAGUGAUUAUAUCAAUACCCUUUUGGUGCCAAGAGAUGGAGAAAUUUCAGUUGAUGUUGACUGUUUGGCCGCCCAAGGAAUAUUUGACGUGAUGGUUGUUGACUCCGUACGAGAUCCUAAAGUGGGUACAAUAUUUGACCCAAAGUCACUGAUAAGAUCUCUUGCUGACUUAAUAGACAGAUGCAUGAAGUCGCAAGUCAAUGAUUUAAUUGAUACCAGACGAUAAUGACUAAUGAGGAGCUAGUAAAAUUAUCAUCAUUUGACCGCCGAAUCUUACUUUUGCAGGCUGUUAUUGACUCUGUUCUUCUAAACACACAAGGUAUAUAUGCGUGUGUAUAUAAUUUUUCAUUAACAAUUUUUUCCACGCUUGUAGUCCAAUUUUCAUACGAAUAAUAAAUUAGGAAUACUAGAUGAUUGGCCUUAUAUGCGAAUCAUGUAUGGGAACAUCAAAAUUUCCCCUUCCUGGUUUCUGUUAAUUCUCUCCCAUCAAAAUACUGUACUAGUGAUCGCACACAAAAUGUUCUCUGAAUGCCUUAAAAUUUUUAUGAAAAAUACUUGAAUUUGUUGUGAUGGUA